GGGGAGAAGAGGACAAAAAGUUUCAAGUUGCAACAAGUGACCCAAAUUUAGCCUUCCUUCUCCUCCUCCCAGAAGCUACGUUAUCUUCUGAUAUCGUUAGUAAUUUAACAUCGCUGAAUUUUCAAUGGCCUUUUGAUUGAUCACAUUAAAAUUAGAAGCAGCAAUCUAAUUGCCUGGGAAAAGUACUCUCACUAAGAAAUAAUUAAUUUCUUUUGAAGUCCAGAAUUAUUGUAGUGCAGUAGAAAGAGACGUUCCUUUAUCUUAAACUUUUGAGGACAGAACACAUAUUGCCUUUGGCAGGGCUGUAGGAAAACAUGACCUUGGCUGAGCAGCAUGACCCCACCAGUGUCUUGGUCCUUCAUCUCUGGUGCAAAAUGUUGACAUUUGAGUCAAAGUACAUUUUCAGGGCUGCAAAAGUUACACGUUUUUUUUAUUUAACUAAAUGUCCCAUUUAACUUUUGAAAAGAGACACAGGGUAGGAAAGCAUUAUUUGCUUUACAGUAAGAGUAACGCAGUGCCAGGAAAUGAGGAUGGAAGAAUUGCUGAUAAUUAGGAGCGAGUAAAAUAGGCUAUGAAAACCUUGAAGGGGUGGGGAGGAACGAUCAACAACCUACUUGUUUAUAAAAAGUCAAUAAAGCCCUCUCUAAAAUCUGUAUUUGUGAAGCUGCGUGAGUGACAGGGGAGUGGGGGCAGGGAGGGGAGGAAGUCCACUGGUUUAACUGUUAGGCUUCACCAAGGCUUUCCUAUUUCCUACUUUAGAGAGAGAAAGGAUGCCUUGCAUAAAUGCUGUCAGAUACACAGGCCUUAAAAGCCUAAGAUGAGCUAAGCAAACUGGAGGAUGAUACUGGCAUUCUUUCCAGUCUGACAAACUUUUCUGUUAGCUCACUGGGGAUCACAAACAUAACAAUAUUACUCCAGUAGCAGUAAAACAAACUUUAAAAGAAAGUAACUUCUGUUUUCGUUUUCUAUUUAGAAGGAUUGCUUUUUUAUUGCUUUUUUUUUUUUUUUUUUUUUUUGGAAGAAGGGAGGGUUUUUAGGUAGCCAUAGGAGUGUGAGAAAUUGAUCUCCCACAUACUGCAUGAAAGAGCAAUCCAUUUUGGUUUAAUCCCUUCACUUAGAGGAGCUGUAUUUAUGUCUGAGAAGAAGGCGACAGCUAUAUUUGGCGUUCACCUGCCUGGCCAACUUAGUGCUGGUAGUUGAUAAAGUAGCUGAUGUAUUUCUCUUUCAAUUAUUUUAUCCUUUCUCAAGUGUAUUCAGUGACUUCUGGCCAUAAAAUACAUGUUUUUUAAAACAAAUAAAUGAAUAAAUUACUUCUAUAAACCUGCUCGUCAAAUGGAUCAGUUCUUUCCUGGACAAGGUAGAUAUUCAGACCAUAUAGGAGGUGCACUUCCGAAAUGACUUGCAUCCUCCUUACUGUGAACAACUGACUUGGUUUUACCAGGUCAGAUAUUAAGCAUUUGUUUCUACAGAGGUAACCGAAGGUGAAUUACACAGCCUAAGUACAGGUGAAUGCAGAGUAUAACUUAAUGACGUGGCAUUUUUUUUCUUGAAAGGACACAGUACGUGUUGGAAAGGGCUCCCUAGUAGUACUAAUAAAUCCCCCUUAGUACAAGGUGCUUUAAUAAUGAGCAAGCAGUUGUUUCAUUGUUGGUUUAUUGUAAUAAGCAUUGUGUGAGUGAUGAUGAGUAAGAGUCCUGCAAGGAAGAUUUUAAACCAAUUUCUAGUCUGUUUAUUGCAUAAUAUCAACUGGUGAUCAUUUAUGAUUCAUAUCUUGUACAUUCUUGUUUGCCUGCUUGUCUCUUAUAUCACAAACCAUGUGAUUAGAUACACACAGAUUUAAAACCUUUCACACACAUUUAUUAUUUCUUUUUUAAAACUUAGCUGUGCUUGUGUGUAUAACAUAAGCACAUCCAUUUAUUAUCUUACAACAUUAAUAUUUAAUUAUUUCAUGAAGUACAUUAAUCAAAAUAGAAUCCUUGUGCAGGUCUGAUUGCAGUAGGGCCUACUGAUCUAACAUCUAAUUGGAGGGACUCUGAUUGUGGAAUAUGUUCCUAAUUUACACAGCUCUGAUAUUCCAGUUUGCAUGGGGGAGUUGCCUAAGAAGUAUGAAGUUAGGGAAAGAUGGUUGUGGUGCGUUGUGGUUGGUGAUUGGGGUGGGGGAAAUGGAUAACCUGCCUUGCUUGGAUGUGGAAGGUCUCUUUAAGUUAAUUUUUUCUUUGUUUUUCUCAAAAUUCUGUAUCUUGCUGAUUUCAUCCUGGAUGCAGCUACAUAUCUGCUGCAUGUGUAAAACUGUAAAGCUCUACAAGAUCAUGCACAGCUGUAAUCACUGGCAACCAUUGGGAAUUUUGAAAUGUGGUAAUGUAAAUUAAAUUGAUACUCGCUUUCUGUCUUGGCUACAGUUUCUCUCCCCCCCCCCUUUCCCAACCCUCAGCUAACGUUUGUAAGAUAUUUAUUGUUCCUCGGUUGCUUUGUAUACGUGGAUAAUGAUUUUUGUUUAGCUUCAAAAUACCUAAACUUGUGGAACAGCGAUCACCCUUCCUGUGGGGGAAAAGGAAGGAAGGGCAAGAGGUUUCUGAGUCCCUGCUACAGAAUGCUACUACUACAUCUGAUCUGUUACGCAACUAGUUCGGAGUAUGACUAUAAGGAAGUUGUUUGGGCUUUUUCAGUAUCAUUGUGCUCCUGUGACCUGCAAGUUAAUUGCAAACCAUGAGAUACGGAAGGGCUUUUACAAUGACAAAGGAAGGAUAUUUGCUGUGAUUUGAAAGCUGCUACUUGUACAUGGAACAGUGUUUUCUGUGGUCGCUGGGAGUUGUGUGGAUAGGUAGAAAUCCCGAUGGCUCUGUAGACUUUCCUCCAGAUGUGGUUUAUUUUUCAUGUUAUAUGGGCACCAGUGGGACUUGCUUGCAUUCAGAUCACAAGGACAGCCAUUGCCAUGAAUCUAGCAAAACACUUACCGGCUACUUUGUGAGUUUAAAGUAGCUUAAAAAAAAAUGCUUUUUAUAUUCUGUUUUGCUAAAUUAAGAGAUCAGCUUAUGCAUACAAGUUGAGAAAGUGGCAUGCCAUCAAGGGAGAGAGCCUGGCUCUGGAAGAGGUUCCUACCUGUGUCCAUGUCAUCUUCUGGAAAGCAGCCCUGUGGAGUACUUACAUGUUCUCUUCCCUUCUCCUCGGCAGUCUCAAAGACGUAACUAUUUCUCACAAAGAUCCUCCCGGCAUUCCUUAGCUUUUGGGCAGGCCACUGUGCUACCUCCCUGGUUGCAGCAGCUUUCAGCCUGCUCUGACCAGCAUCAUUUCUCAAUAGCAGCCAGCUGUAGCUUGCUCAAGCAGCUUGAGACAGGCUUGUGGGAGCUCUAGCAUGACUUUCACCAGCGGCCGUGCUUUUGGUGGUCUCCGGGAGCUGCUGAAAACCGCUCAGUCACUGUUGUGUCAGAGAGCCCUCGCAAGCUUAGGCAGACUGCACUCAUUUUGGAAGCCACUUCUCUUCCUUCCACUCUAUGACAUUCUGUGUUGCACUUGAGGCUUUUCUUGGGGCCUCCAGUGGGCUGCCAGUGUGACAUGCUAUCACAGCAAACGGGAGUGUCUUUUCUGUAGAUGUCACUAGCUGUCUGUGUACAAAUCCAUGCUAUAGUGGGGAGGCAAGCAACACAGCAGAAACCCCUGUGAUUUCUCUGCUGUGCUGGCUUGCUCGCGCUUUUCUCCCUGUCUGCCUUCCUGGCCUUUCUGAUCCCUUGCAUCCUGCCACCUCCCUUCCCCUGGGAUAAGAUUUAGUAUUCAUAUUUGUGAAUCUGUUAUAACAUUGGCUGGAUUUGAAAUGAGCCACGGUGAAAUCUGCCUCUGGCUAUAUUCACUGUGAGAGCACAGUGCUUACUUGGCUCUAGGCCAGUUUCAGCUCAUCUUGCUUAGGCAGCUUCCUCCUGACUCAGUGGAAGCUGCGAAAUGUGCGUGUGAGCAUUUCAUCUCCUAGCUACAAAACCCGUGGUGAUGUUCCUUUGGCUUUUAUUCUGCGCUUAGAGAAGCUUUUCUAGACUGAUAAAUAAAAUGCUUUGAAAUUGAGAGGCUAAUGGACUCAGGCCAUGUUCUCAACAAAUAUUCAGGUUUGAUUUUCUUCAGAUCUCUGUUGAAGUUGAUCAGAGUUUCAGGGCAGUCGAUGCCCCCAGGUGACUUGAGUGCAAAACUGAGUUCAUCUCACCCAGAGCAUUCUUGAAUAUUCUUUCAUCCUCUGAAUAAACUGAGAAGCAGGGAAAAUCCCUAGACUUCUCUGUCAAUAUAAGUGGCUGACUACUCGUGGUAAAUUGCUGGGCACCGGUGUAGUCUCAGGCUUCUGAAGCAGCAGGAAACCAGUAGGGAAAUGUGAGAUUCCUAGUGCCUGUGAAAUGUUAUUUUUUCUGCUUUCAUUUAAGGUAAUUUGUAUAACUUCCCAUUUUUUUUUACUUUCUCCCAAGCUUACUCUGCUCUUCAGUAGACCCAAUUAAAAGGCCUUUGGGGACAAAUCGACCUCAGUGGCAUUUCCUGUGUGCUUGGAGGAAAGCAAGAGUUCUGAUUGAAUGAGAUACAAGGGCUAAAUGCCUGCAAGUCCAACCAUUUGUUUGCUCCCAAGAGGAUGAGCGGCCUAUGUCACCCUUCUAUGUGAGCACCCACGUAUCACAAGUCAGUAGUAACAUUCCUGCUACAGGAGAGUAUUUAGAGAAGACAAUCCGCUCAGCCGUGGAGCAGCAUCUCUUUGAUGUUCAUGGCUCAGGCGGCCAGAGUUCAGAGGACUCUGAAUCGGGAACAUCUUCAGCCUCUUCUAAUGUGUCUGCCAGGCAGAGGAGGCGACAGCACAAAGAGCAGGAGGAAGCCCGGAGAAACAGAGACAUGGAAGUCAUCAACAAGGAGAACAUUCCGUCUGGUUUCAGCAGUCUGGAAGACUGUAUUCUAACUACUCAAGAAGUAGAAAAAUUACAAGACAACAGCUCUGGAUAUCUUAAUGAAAGGAAUAAACCAAAACGGCAGAAAUCCAGCACCAAACUCUCAGAGCUUAAUGACAACCAGGAUAGUCCUGUGAGUAUGGAAAGCUUUAGCUCAUCCAGACCUAUAGACAGAACAGGACCUGAUGACAUGGAAGUUUUAUCUGAAGAAAGCAAAGAAAGUGAAAACGAUGAGGUUUUUUUCAGGCCCUCUCAGCAGCCUUCAAGUAUGAAGAUUCAAGAACACCCAAGCAUUCCUGAAAACAAGCUGCAAAGAAAUCAAGAUGCUGAUGAUCAGGAAAACAGCUUUGUGUCAGAAGUGCCUCGGCUGGAUUUGACAACGCUGUGUGAUGACAACAACUGGGAAGAGCCCAUCCCUGCACUUUCUUCAUGGCAGCGAGAUGGCUUAGAUUCAGAAGAGGCCCGCCUUUCCCCACAGGCUGGUCGUUUAAUUCGCCAGCUCCUGGAUGAGGACAGUGAUCCUAUGCUGUCUCCUCGCUUCUACGCCUAUGGACAGAGCCAACAGUACCUGGAUGAUACAGAAGUGCCUCCUUCCCCUCCCAAUUCUCAUUCAUUUAUGAGGAGGCGGAGUUCUUCUUUGGGAUCUUACGAAGAUGACAGAGAAGACCUUACCCCUGCACAGCUUACCCGGAGGAUUCAGGGACUGAAGAAAAAAAUCAGGAAGUUUGAGGACAAAUUCGAGGAGGAAAGGAAAUACAGACCUUCUCACAGUGACAAAGCAGCUAACCCUGAAGUGCUCAAAUGGACAAAUGAUUUGGCCAAAUUCCGAAAGCAACUUAAAGAGUCUAAACUGAAGAUAUCAGAGGAAGACCUGGGCCCUGUGGUACGUCAGCGAAGCAACACGCUCCCAAAGAGCUUUGGUUCUCAGCUUGAAAAGGAGGAUGACAAGAAACAAGACCUAUCAGAUAAAUCUGCCAAGCCUGCUGUGGAAGUGACCCUUGAUUCUAUCCAGAAGAAGCUUCAGGAAAAACGAACAGAGACAAACCGACCUGAGGAUAUAAAGGACAUGACAAGAGAUCAGAUAGCAGCUGAGAAAGUGGCUCUUCAGAAAGCCUUGCUGUAUUACGAAAGCAUUCAUGGCAGACCGGUUACCAAAAAUGAACGACAGGUGAUGAAGCCACUGUAUGACAGGUAUCGCUUGGUCAAGCAGAUCCUCUCCAGAGCCAACACCAUCCCUAUCAUUGGUUCCCCCUCCAGCAAGCGGAGAAGCCCUUUGCUGCAACCAAUUAUCGAGGGCGAAACUGCUUCCUUCUUCAAGGAGAUAAAGGAGGAAGAGGAGGGCUCUGAGGAGGACAGCAAUGUGAAACCAGACUUCACAAUCACUAUGAAAACAGAUUUCAACGUGCGUAGCUUCUUGGAUCAACUAGAAGAUGAUGCCGAUGGCUUUGUUUCCCCGGUGGACGAUAAGAUACCAUCAAGGAGCAACCAGGAUAUGGGGCUUUCAAAUCUCCAUGAAGCAUCCAUCCCUGAACUGUUAGAGCAGCUGCAAGAAGUCAGGGAAGAGAAAAAGCGGAUCAGAAAAAAGCUGAGAGACUUUGAAGAUAAUUUUUUCCGACAAAAUGGGAGGAAUGUGCAAAAAGAAGACCGUACUCCUAUGGCUGAAGAAUACAACGAAUACAAGCAGAUUAAGGCCAAGCUGAGGCUGCUGGAGGUCCUGAUCAGUAAAAGAGAUAUUAGCUCAAAGAUCAUGUAAAGGAGGGGAUUGGUUUUACCAAUACACUAAGAAGAGAGAGCACCAAGCAGACGAGUGCGUGAAGUGGAUGCAUCGACAGCCUGGCUGGGGAGGGCUGAGGAGCUCCCUGGGAACUGAAGGGCCGUUGCCAGAGGCAGGAUGGGGAGAAAGGGUGGCUUUCCAUCACUCUCUCCACUUGUUGUCCACUCUUUCUCCAGGCCUGAUGCCCAAAAUGGAGUUUGCCAAUGUAGGAGACAUGAUGCUGUCCUCAGUGACUGCACUGAAGGGUUCCUUCUGUUUUGAUUUGCUUACAGAUCCUGUAAUAUUUAGAAUAUGAAAGCCAGCCAUGCUAUUCUUUUUUUUUUUUUUUUUUUUUUUUUCUCCAGGAUAUCAUAGCAAGAGGCAAAGUAGCAUGAAUAGUGAUUCAAUCAUCAAACAGCUUCCACUUUAUUUUACCAGACCUGACCCGAUCUCAUGUGACGACACAGGUCAGAUAGCACCAAGAUCGUUCUCUUGUAGCUACAGUAAAGGCUCGCUCAGACUUUUGACCAGGCUGUUUGGAGUUCGGUAUCUUCCGUUGCUUAUAAAAUGUUGGAAGAGUAUCCUGGUCACAGCCCAGAACUGGUUUGAGUUACAGCUUUGCACAGGAUUCAGUUGGGUUUUCUUCCCACUUUUCUUUUUUGACUGCCGGUUGAAUUAAGAAGAAGAAAGUACCUCCAUCUGUUUGGGAUAGCAAAGAAAAAGAGUUGUGCAGCAAAGUUCGUGCCUACUUGUUCCCCUUGGAAGGCGAUGCUGUGAGAUAAUGAUGAUGUUUGGGCAACUGGGAAGAGGUUUUAUCAGCUUUAAGUUAGAAUGCCUUGGGACUUUGGUAGCUGCUCGGCUAAGCGUCAGCUGUCAAGCAUCUGGAAGACCCCCCCCAUUGGCCCAUACACUUCUGAUAAUGGGUAUAAGAGCCUAAGGUGAAAGUCCACAUGGAUGUCACGCACACCCAUUAGCCUGAGUGUUAUUUAUGUGCGCCACCAGACCGUGUGGGCUGAAGCAGUGAUACUUUGCGGCAACGGAGGAUGUUCUUUUCUUCCCUGUGGCUUUGUUGGGUGUAGUUUGUAUGGUGGGGCAGAGGAUACUGCAGGGAAGUGAAAGCCCGGAGCCACGUGCUGCAAGUGUCUGGGGUGCAGGGUUGGGCAGUUAAACAUUCUCAGAUCUGAAAAGCAGAUCCUGGGACGCCGGAUUCUGGUUCUUGCAUCGGACAAUCACUGCCUGAAGGAGUGAAAGGCAGCAAGCUCAGAAACACAGCGGGCGGCUGACAGUUCUGCAGCCCUGUGCGCUCCAGGAGUGCGUGCAGGCAGUGCCCUGCAGCCCUUCCCCUGGACCUGGGGCAAGAUGCUCUCGGUAAUGGGGCCCUGGUAUCACAAGGAGAUGCUGUCUUUUAUCUAAUCCCCUUGGGAGAUGAGUGCAGGAGCCGAACAGCUGAGGAUGAGUGCGGGGCACCUCAUCACAGCCAGGCUUUACACAGCAGCAGGGCCCGCAGAAGAGCUCCUCACUUCCCUUCUCUCUGCGGGCAGGAGGGCCCGUAGAGUGGUGUGCUGAGUAAACUUACCCCCCUCAGUGUGCUGUCUGUGCUCAUUCUUGCCAAAGCUGGUGCUGAGGGCGGGUCUCUUUGGCCCCCCCCAGCUACUCGGCAGGCCGCCUUCCCCCCUUUUCCCCAGGGCUCUGCAUUGGCAGUCUGCCUCAUACGACGCUGAUGCGCUUCUGUUAGGGAGAGCCCGGGGCUGUUUUCUACUGACAGCAGAAUUUCCCGCUCCUAUAGAAAAGUAGUGAAGGCUGAAUUCCCUGUUUCCAAGGGCCUGUGUGAUGAACUGGGGUGUGGCUUCUAGGAGGCACCUAGUGUCCAUCGCGAGGGAGGUGUGGGGCUCUGCCUCUGCAGAUCCGGGUGCUACAGUUGGGCUUUAGAAGGACUUAGAAACUGCAUUUGAAGGUGACUGACUGGAAGGGAAGCUUGGUGUAAUUCCUGCCCCUUUUCCCUCCUCAUUCGCAUUCUGGUGGGCCGACGCUUCCCAGGAGUCUGAUUGCUCUGAUUAUUUUUAAAAGCCUGUUUGCACUGCGUACCAAUAAAUGACGUUUGCUGAGUUUCUGCCCCUGACAAAUCUUGAUAAAUGACCCGUAGGGAACGGUCCAUUGUAUUGUUUGAACUGAUGAGAUUGUAGCAUUUUCUGAUGCUUAGUUACCGCUGUUUACAUGGCAGACUGCUACACUUUCAGAUAGUUUAUAUGAAAUGUAAGUACAGUUAUGCACUUUAGAGAGUUUCUAUUUUUGAACUUUGAAAGCUGAACGUAACAGAAUCCGUUAAAUAAAAUUGUAAAUUAAAAAAGACAAAAAGACA